AUGUCAUUGUAUUAUCAAAUAAAAAAAAAUGUUGUAGAACCAAAAAGAGAAAUAGAAUUCAAAGACUUUAAAAUUCGAAAUAGAUAUUUAGUUAAACAUAUUUUAUUUCUAGAACAUAAGUCCUUUUAGUCCUAAUAGGGUGAACAUCUUCCAAAGUUAAGAUUGCCCAGUCUUCCACAUUCUGAUAGCAAUCAAUAAUGUCUUUCUAAAAGUCCUAAGAAUAUUCCUCAAAGAAGCGUUAUCGAAUAUCCUUAUUUACAAUUACUAAGUUAAUAAAGUUAAGACCUCAAGGAAUUUAUAAUCUAAUAACGACCAGUUGAUAAACCAUUUCAAAAAAAGAAAGUAAAUACUGUAUUUUAAACAGAUGAUUUGAGCUUUGAAUAUAGGAAACCUUAAACUUUAAGAAAAUACUCCUUGUAAUUUUAGGAUGAUAAGAAGUAAUAUACUUUGCGUUAUAUAUAGAUUCAAUUUCAGUCCAAAAAAUAAAUAAAUUUGAUUUUUUUCAUUUGCUCAUAUUUUAUAUUUGUAAGAAUAUUUUCAUUAUCACUUCUAUUUAUUAAAAAAACAUAUUGA